AUGGGACGUCUAGCUCCCUACCUCGAACAACAUAAGGCUUACCAGGGUCCGGGAGAUACUCGCCCGACAGCGAUUCAGAUUGUAGAAGAUCAGGGUCUUGUCUCGAGCCCCUCAUGGAUUGGUAGAGUUGUUCUUGUCACAGGCUGCUCGCCUGGCGGACUUGGGCCCGAGACGGCAAAGGCCAUUCACCUAACGGGAGCUGACGUUUAUAUAACUGUUCGAGAUGUGACCAAGGGCAAGCAGAUUGCUAAGGAGAUUUUGGCCGAUGGAAAGCCUGGAAAGGUUGACGUCAUCGAAAUGGACUUGGCUUCGUUGAAAAGUGUUCGAGCCGGAGCAGAAGAAUUUCUUCGUAAGAGCAACAAUAAACUCAAUAUUCUGAUUAACAAUGCUGGAAUUAUGGCAUGUCCUCAGGGCAAGACUGAAGAUGGAUUUGACUUGCAGUUUGGUACAAACCAUAUAGGUCAUUUCUAUCUCUUCCAACUAGUUAAGGACGCUCUUCUGGCCUCCGCAAGCCCUUCGUUCAACUCCCGCGUCAUAUCGGUAUCCUCCGCCGCUCAUCGCUACGGCGAUAUCCAGUUUGACGACCUGAACUUCGAAAAGACUGAGUAUACUCCGCUUAAUUCUUACGCCCAAUCUAAGCUUGCCAAUGUCUAUUUCGCGAAUGAAUUAGACCGGAGAUACAAGUCCAAAAACCUGCGGGCUUUGAGUCUGCAUCCGGGAGGUAUUCUUACGCCUCUGGCGAGAUAUCUGCCCACCACCGACGACAUUCUCAAUGAUCCAGGCCUUGCAAAGAUGCUCAAGAAUCCUGCUCAGGGAGCGGCUACUACUGUCUGGGCUGCUGUAGCGAAGGAAUUGGAGGGCAAAGGGGGUAUUUACCUCGAUGAAGUUGCUGAAGCAGUGGAGACUCCGCCAGAAGCGGCUUACUACGAAGGUGGCUACAAUGCGAAGGCUUUCAACCCCGCUGCCGAGGAGAAACUUUGGGCUGUCAGCUUGAAGCUAACAGGGUUAAGCGAGUGA